GCUUGUCUCCACCUUAGUACCUCGAGAUGCCCGCGGGACUCUGGGCACAUACCAUAUAAACCCAGCCAUGGUCUCCUCUCCAUCACAGCUCUACAACGAAGAGAUCCUUGACCUGUUUGACAGCACCCGUGACCCCGAUGCCCGCCACCGCAGGUCCAACAUCAAGAUCCACGAGGAUGCCAAUGGCGGCAUCUACACCACAGGGGUCACUUCUCGCCUCAUCAACUCCCAGGAGGAGCUGAUCCAGUGCCUGAAGCAGGGCGCCCUGUCACGCACCACGGCCAGCACCCAGAUGAACGUUCAGAGCUCCCGGUCCCACGCCAUCUUCACCAUCCACCUGUGCCAGAUGCGCGUGUGUGCCCAGCCUGACCUGGUGAGGUGCUCUUGGGGGCCCAGGUGCUACUCGCUCUAGGGAUGUCUCGGGGCAGGACGAACAAACAUGGGUGUAGGCCAGAACUCCAGAGGCGGGGCUCACCCCUAUCACUCAGUUUUUAUUUCUCUUUAGCCUCCUCACCCCAUCUACGCAAUGCAGUGAGAUGGAGUAACGUUAGUGUGUCCAAAUAGUGUCUGCCCUCAGGUGCUGAGAACACACGAGGGUUGCCGCUGUGUAGCCUGCCCUCACUCUUGUGGAUGGUGGUGCUGUGCGGGUGGAAGGCUAAGAGCAGAGGAACACGAGGUAGCAUUUGAGCGAACCGGAUGUCACUUUCUGCUGCAGGUGAAUGAGACGGUGACUGGGCUUCCGGACGGAACGGCCCCCACGGGCACUGAGUAUGAGACGCUCACUGCUAAGUUUCACUUUGUGGACUUGGCGGGCUCAGAGCGGCUGAAGCGGACAGGGGCCACCGGCGAACGGGCCAAAGAGGGCAUCUCCAUCA